AUGGUCAAGCGACGCAGCGACCUGGUAAGCUUCGCCGGCGGGUCGUAUAGAAGGCCGCUACGGCGUACUGGCGUCCCGGAGUUGCCCCUCUAUCUCCCUAUUCCACGGAGACGAGGCACAGGAACAUGGGCAAGUGGACUCGAGUGGAUCACCAUGACAUCCCGUCUGCGAUUCCUGGCUGUUUCGCGGGACAGCUUUCCUACACCCAGUUUAGCGGGUGCACCGGACCUUGAAUCCAACGCCUCCCCAAUGGCCAACCGUCCCCCGCCGGCGCUCAUUUCCCAGAGGCUCUCCUCGUCUAUCGGUGCCCCUGAUUGGUGUUAUCCGUUAGCCACGACGCCACGUGGGACCCCCGAUACCGCUGAUGUCAUCGCACGGGCCUGGGGUCCUCUGGUGACUCGGCUAACAUGCCUAGUGUGGUGA